AAGACUCACCCCAGUCUUCAAAACACGCAGAAAAUUCGUUGCAUAGAGAGAGAGAGAGAGAGAGAGAGAGAGAGAGAGAGAGAGAGAGAGAGAGAGAGAGAGAGAGGAUUGUGGUGACUGGUGAUCAUGGUUUGCAGAAGAAGAUUCUCAGUGUGUUUGCUGUUAAUGUUGUUGUCGCUGAUUUCGAGUGUUGGCGCCAACCACGGCGUUUUCAGCGUCAAAUACAAAUACGCCGGCCAGGACCGCUCUCUCUCUGCCCUCAAGGCCCAUGACUACCGCCGCCAGCUCUCUCUUCUCGCCGGCGUCGACCUACCCUUGGGCGGCAGCGGUCGCCCCGACGCCGUCGGACUUUAUUAUGCUAAAAUUGAGAUUGGAACGCCUCCAAAGGAUUAUUAUUUACAGGUUGAUACUGGGAGUGAUAUUAUGUGGGUUAAUUGCAUUCAGUGCAGAGAAUGUCCCACCAGAAGCAACCUUGGUAUGGACCUUACACUUUACGACAUAAAGGAAUCCUCCUCUGGUAUUUUAGUUCCAUGUGAUCAAGAAUUUUGCAAAGAGAUAAAUGGGGGUCUUCUGACUGGAUGCACUGCCAAUAUUUCAUGUCCAUAUCUGGAGAUAUAUGGUGAUGGGAGCUCCACUGCAGGUUACUUUGUGAAGGAUGUUGUACAAUAUGAUCAAGUGUCUGGGGACCUUAAAACUGCUUCGGCUAAUGGAAGUGUUAUAUUUGGGUGUGGUGCUAGACAGUCUGGAGAUCUAAGUUCUUCAAACGAAGAAGCACUUGAUGGAAUACUUGGAUUCGGAAAGGCUAAUUCUUCAUUGAUUUCACAACUUGCUUCUUCUGGAAAAGUGAAAAAGAUGUUUGCUCAUUGCUUAAAUGGAGUAAAUGGAGGUGGUAUAUUUGCUAUUGGGCAUGUUGUGCAACCUAAAGUGAACUUGACUCCAUUAUUACCAGACCAGCCACAUUACAAUGUCAAUAUGACGGCGGUUCAAGUUGGCCAUACUUUCCUUAGUCUAUCAACAGAUGCAUCUGAGCAAGGGGACAAAAAAGGGACAAUUAUUGACAUUGGUACAACCUUGGCAUAUCUACCUGAAGGGAUUUAUGAGCCACUAGUAUAUAAGAUAAUUUCUCAGCAACCCGACUUAAAAGUUCAGACUCUCCAUGAUGAGUAUACGUGCUUUCAAUAUACUGGGAGUGUUGAUGAUGGAUUUCCAGCUGUCACCUUUUAUUUUGAAAAUGGACUCUCCUUGAAGGUUUAUCCGCAUGAUUAUUUAUUUCCAUCUUUCUGUUGGCCUUUCAUUUGGAUCCUUUGCAUUUCAGGAGAUUUCUGGUGCAUUGGUUGGCAAAAUAGUGGGACACAAUCAAGAGACAGUAAGAAUAUGACUUUAUUGGGAGAUUUAGUGCUUUCAAAUAAACUUGUCUUUUAUGACCUUGAAAAUCAGGUUAUUGGAUGGACUGAGUACAACUGUUCUUCAAGCAUUGAAGUGAAGGAUGAGCGGACGGGAACAGUUCAUUUAGUUGGUUCCCACUAUAUUUCUUCUGUUUGCACUUUAAAUACCAAUUGGGUGAUAGUCUGGUUACUAAUUGCACUACUUCACAAGUUGAUUUAUUGAAAUGGAGCAACUAAUACAUAUACAAAGGUCAAAAUUGUGGUUAAAGGAAUUGAAAAUAGAAAGGACAUAAAAAAUAGGAGAAAUUGUUUCUUAAGGAACUUUCAUGAUUUGUAAAUGUGUUUUUUAGGAAACCGAGGACACCGACCAUUGGGAACCUUCGCCGUGGGUAAAAUUUUCCUUCCCAUGGUGAAUCUGUAAAUUACAAAAGCUCACCACCACCAACUGUAUAUGUUAUUAGACUUGGCUUGGGUCUCUGUCAAAUGUAUAACUAGUAUGCUACAGGUCAAAUAUGGAAUUAAAGUUAUAACUGCUACUCGUCCACAUCGGUAAUUGUAUUCUACAGCAUUUGAGGAAGGUAAAAUAAUCAACAUGAAUUAAGGUUA